GCUGCAAGCCAAGUUGUGAGCGCUGAUGCGAGUUUAGUUUCAAGAAAUCUUCGGUUUGUGUAAACGUUUCGGACGGAUGAUUGCGGUUGUGCAAAGUGAAAAAUAUAUUGCAGAAGAAAAAGAAAGGAAAGCUAUGCAUUUUAUUACUUUCAAGUGAGGAAAUCCGCAGUUCUUACGAUUGCAAAAUUGCUUUGUUCGCAAUUCUACGUUCAUUUUUUGAAAGAAUUGAAGUGGAGGAGCGGAAGCGCGGCUCCGGCAACGGUCAAAAAGUCGCCAAAAGGCAAAAGUCAAAGCGAGUUUUACGUAAAUCGCAUUUCGGCGAUUUUCUGCUUUAAUCGAGUUUUCUGGUGCCAAAUGCCAUUGCUGUACGACGUCGUAGGCCGCCAGUUUCGCAUUGCAGCAGCACUCGUACAUACAUACAAACAAACGUAAAAGUGAGUGAGCGAAAUCCACUGUGAAGUCGGCAAAGUCGUGAGUGUGCAAAAUCAUUUGUAAGCUGGAAAAUGGGCACAAAGAUCGAGUACGUGGACACGACGCAUCUCUAUGCAACCAAAUACAUACGCAAUUCAAAAGCCAUAGCCGUACUUUGGGCGAUAUUCACAAUAUGCUAUGCAAUCAUCGGCAUCGUUGCCUUUGUGACGCCAGAAUGGGUCGGCGAUCCGGACAAUGAAAGUGCGGGACGCUUAGGUCUGUGGCAGGUGUGUCAGCGCGAUGAGAUAUUCGACAAUUGCAAGCGACGUUGGGAGACCAUACUUUCAGUGCCAACAUUCUCGUUCCAAUUGGCAACAUUCUUUAUGGUUGCGGCGGUGGCAUUGGCCUUGCUGACAAUCUGCUUCUUGGUAUUCUUGAUCUUCAUGAAGUCGACGAGAGUCUUUCACAUAUGCGGUUGGAUGCAAAUCAUAUCAGCGCUUUGCAUGAUUGUCGCCUGUGCCGCCUUUCCUUUCGGCUGGAAUUCAGAUGAUUUUCGCAAAAUUUGCGGCCCUGAUGCGAAUCGUUUUGAACUUGGUCUCUGCGGCAUUCGCUGGGCCUAUCCUCUUGCCAUAAUCGGCUGUGUCGAUGGUGUGGUCCUGGCCACGCUCGCUUUCAUACUGGCCACGCGACAUGUUCGCUUACAACCUGAUCCCCUCUAUCAGAGUUCGCUCUACAAAGGCGAGAUUAACAACGCUUACAUUACAGACGCAGUCAGCUUGGCCGGCUCACGGAAAUCGCUGAAUCUGCAGCCAAUUUUGCUGGUGGCGCCGCCGCACAACAUGCCCGCCAACGGCGAUGACACGAUAUCACAAUUCUCCUCGCGCACACCCAACCAUCGAUAUCGACCCGACUACCCAAUGCAUCAGUUCUGAGGUUGGCUCCGCGUCUCCUUGGUCUCGUGUGAUGAACAUACAUACUUUGUGCUGCCGACCUAUUAUGUGAUUUGUGAUCUUUCGUGUGUUUGAUAUUUUCUAUUUUCCUGUUUUGUGUGCUAAGGAUUUUCAUUUCCAUUUGACUUCCUAAAUGCAGGUUUUUGUGGACUGAAAGAAAAAAAGUAAAAUCAAAACCUUGUAAUGAAAGUUGUGUCGCACUCGACGGCUACCUGUAUAUAGCUACGGUAAAUAGGAAUGUAAUUUUAUUGUAUGUAUUUUUAAUUUGUAAAAUGUACAAUAGAAAAUAAGCGUAAUCCUAAAUAAAUUAUUGUCUUUAUCUGUGCGAAUG